AUGAGCAGUGAAAAGCAGGGAUAUGGCAAAAACGACCGUCGCUCUGCACUUCGCAUCCUAGGGCAUCCAAACACACUAAAGCAGGAAGGAUCUAGCACUAGCCUCCCCUCGCCAGACAAAGAGGCUACGCGCCGAUUCUCGUUAACGGAUCCGUUCUUCAACCAUGGAAGAAGUAUAAUCAAGCCUUACCAAAACGGCCACCGGUCGGCGUCAACUAAGCUCUGCAGGUUCUCAUGCCUCGUCCGAAAGGAAGGGGGCCGUGCCGUGCUAAGGGGAGGAUCGUGGAAGGUUGGUAGGAGCACCCUGAGGCCGACAGUGGAUCCUAAAGAAUACCGUGCGCGGUGCUCAGGUCCUGGAGGAAAAGCAUCAGAAUUCAGAAUAUUUGUGCCAAGUGGCAGCGGGAUUCGCACAGCGGCCGACCAUCUCAGACUUGCGCCUGAAAAGGAAAAUGAGACCCACGAGAGCCGCGGAAGCAUCUCUCCCCGGCGGUCCGCAAUUGUUGCUACCACGGUCGAUGCAUGGACCAGGUUCAGGCCAAGAUGUCAAGGAAGACGCGAAGCUGGACCGAAAAAGGACAGUUCUACUAUGAUCGUAGCGGUGUCGAUGAACCUUCUCUUCCGCCUCGAAGCUCAGAACGCCAGGAGGUGCCGCGCAAAGAAACACGGAAUUGCGGGUGGUGGAGCCGAUUCGGGGCAGUAUAUACGAGGGUACGAGACAUCAGGCUCAGAGACAUCGAUGAAGCGUCUUACUGGAUGCCACCCACCUGGCAGUUGGCCAUCUCUUCGGACUGGACCUGCUGUUCACAAUGCCCCCGCUGUAUCUGAACCCAUGAACAAGUGCACCCCGCAACAGGGGCUGGGGGGCUUUAAGAGAAGGGGUGUCUCGAGUCGUUAA